CGACGAGUGUGAGACGCCGGGCAUGUGCAUGAACGGCCGCUGCGUCAACACAGAGGGAUCCUUCCGCUGCGAGUGUAUGGCCGGGAUGGCCGUGGGCCUGGAUGGCCGUGUCUGUGUUGAUACACACAUGCGCAGUUCGUGCUACGGCGGCUACAAGCGGGGGCAGUGCGUCCGCCCGCUAUUUGGCGCCGUGACCAAGUCGCAGUGCUGCUGUGCCAGCGCGGCGACGGGAGUAGAGUACGCCUACGGAGAGCCCUGCCAACCCUGCCCGCCACAGAGCUCUGCUGAAUUCCUGGCUCUGUGCCCCAGUGGCAUCGGCACAAGCGGCGAUGGACGAGACAUCAACGAGUGCGCCCUGGACCCGGACCUGUGCCAGAACGGGGUGUGUGAGAACAUGCUGAGGACCUUCAAAUGCGACUGCAACGAAGGCUUCGAGGUCGACCUGACGGGCAAAAACUGCGUCGACGUCGAUGAGUGCCUGAUGAACAGGCUGCUGUGUGAAAACGGGCUGUGCAGGAACACGCCGGGCAGCUUCACCUGCCAGUGUCCCACAGGAUACCUCUUCGACCCCGAGGCAGACGUCUGCACGGAUGUGGACGAGUGUCAGUCCAGCCCGUGUGUUAAUGGAGAUUGUAGGAACAGCCAAGGGUCCUUUGUGUGUCUGUGUUCACUCGGCAGUUCGCUGGACAGCAGCGGGAUGGAGUGUAUCGAGACCACUAAGAGCACCUGCUGGCUGAAGAUAGUCAACAAUCGCUGUGAGGUCAACAUCAACGGGGCGACGCUGAAGUCCCACUGCUGCGCCACGCUGGGCGAAGCCUGGAACAGCCCGUGUGCCAAAUGCGAAAAAGAUCCAAUCUGUGGCAAAGGCUUCGCCAGGGUCAAAGGGAACGUCUGUGAAGACGUGGACGAGUGUCAGGUGUUCCCCGGCUUGUGCGUCAACGGCAAGUGCGUCAACACGCCGGGCUCCUUCAUCUGCCAGUGCCCCCCGGGGAUGACCGUGGACGUGAGCGGCAGGACCUGCAUCGACCUGCGCAUGGAGCACUGCUACCUGACCCACGACGACGAGCGCUGCGGCGCCGCCGUGGCGGGGCGGCAGCGCGCCGACGCCUGCUGCUGCUCGGUGGGCGUGGCCUGGGGCCCCGAGUGCGACGAGUGCCCAAAGCGGGGCACCCCGGAGUACGCGCGGCUCUGCCCCCGCGGGCCGGGCUUCUUGCACAGGGGGGACUUCGUCAACGGCAGGCCCUUCCUCAAAGAUAUAAAUGAAUGCAGAAUGAUCAACAGCCUGUGCUCCAAUGGGAGGUGUAGAAACACCGUCGGGAGCUUCCGGUGUCUCUGUAACAACGGCUACGCUCUGGACUCGGAUGGGAGGAAUUGCACCGACAUCGAGGAGUGCCACAUCUCCCCGGACCUGUGUGGACAAGGCCGAUGUGUCAACACGCUGGGAGACUUUAAAUGCGAGUGCUUCGAAGGUUACGAGAGCGGCUUCAUGAUGAUGAAGAACUGCAUGGACAUCGAUGAGUGUGAGAGGGACCCCCUGCUGUGCCACGGAGGGGAAUGCGUAAACACAGAGGGCAGCUUCCAGUGUGUGUGUCCCGAUGGACACGAGGUCGCCCCCGACGGCUCGGCGUGUCUAGAUAUCAAUGAAUGCGACUUGAGUGACAGGCUGUGCAGGAACGGCCAGUGUGUCAACAUGAUCGGCCGCUACCAGUGUUCCUGCGAUACGGGGUACAAAUCCACAGAGAACAGGCUGGAGUGUGUCGACAUCGACGAGUGCACCAUCGAAAACGGCGGCUGCGAGACGUUCUGCACCAACUCAGAGGGAAGCUACGAGUGCAGCUGCCACAGUGGAUACGCCCUGAUGCCCGACCUGAGAAGCUGCACCGAUAUCGACGAGUGUGAGGAGAGCCCCGAGAUAUGUGACGGGGGCCAGUGUAGCAACACCCCGGGGACGUACCAGUGCCUGUGCUUUGACGGCUUCAUGUCGUCCGACGACGUGAAGACCUGCCUGGAUGUGGAUGAGUGUGAUCUGAAUUCAAACAUCUGCCUGAGCGGGAACUGCGAAAACACCAAGGGCUCCUUCAUCUGCCACUGCGACCCGGGCUUCUCCGUCCGCAAGGGAACCACCGGCUGCACAGAUGUCAAUGAGUGUGAGAUAGGAGCCCAUAACUGCGACAGACACGCCACCUGCACCAACACAGCUGGCGGCUUCAAAUGCAGCUGUUCUCCGGGAUGGAUCGGCGACGGCCUCAAAUGCACAGACCUGGAUGAGUGCUCAAAUGGGACCCACAUGUGCAGCAACAACGCCGACUGUCUCAACACCAUGGGCUCGUAUCGCUGUGCGUGCAAGGACGGAUUCACCGGAGACGGGUUCUACUGCUCAGACACCGACGAGUGCGCGGAGAACGGCAACCUGUGUGAGAGCGGCCACUGCCUGAACCAUCAAGGGGGCUUCCGCUGUGAAUGCGACAUGGGCUUCAUCCCGACUUCCGAAGGAAAGGCCUGCGAGGACAUAGACGAGUGCACCUUUGCUGACAUCUGUGUCCAUGGACGUUGCCAGAACAUCCCGGGACUUUUCAGAUGUGACUGUAACGCUGGUUAUGAACUGGACAGGAGCGGAGGCAACUGCACAGACAUCGACGAGUGCGCGGACCCGACCAUCUGCAUUAACGGGAUAUGUGUCAACCUCCCGGGAGGCUACCACUGUAACUGCCCUGCAGACUUUGAACUCAACCCCACCCGGGUGGGCUGCGUAGACACCCGCUCGGGAAGCUGCUACCUGGAUGCUCGCGCUCGAGGAGACGCGUCGGAGAGCUUGGAAUGCUCCCGAGAGAUCGGAGUCGGCGUUUCCAAAGCCUCGUGCUGCUGCUCCCACGGGGCUGGCUGGGGGAAUCCUUGUGAGGCGUGCCCCUUCACCAACUCAACGGAGUACAAGACGCUGUGUCCUGGAGGAGAAGGCUUCAGUCCCAACCCCAUCACUGUCAUCUUGGAAGACAUCAAUGAGUGCCGGGAGCUGCCAGGCUUGUGCCAGGGAGGACAAUGCAUCAACACCUUUGGCAGUUUCCAGUGUGAAUGUCCAAGAGGCUACGCCCUCAACGCCGAAACCAGAAUCUGUGAAGAUGUCAACGAGUGUGAACAGGCGGGGAUCUGUGGCCCGGGCCAGUGCUACAACACCAUUGGAAACUACACGUGCAUCUGCCCCGUGGACUACAUGCAGGUCAACGGCGGGAACAACUGCAUGGACAUGAGGAAGAGCUUCUGCUACCGGAACUUCUACUCCGACAACGGGACAUGUGAUGGAGAGCUGACCUUCAACAUGACCAAAAAGAUGUGCUGCUGCUCCUACAACAUGGGCCGCGCGUGGAACAAGCCCUGCGACCGGUGCCCCGUGCCCGGCACCGAUGAGUUCGCGAUCCAAUGCGGCAGUCAGACGUGGGGAUUCCGCAUCGACAUCAUCACCGGGCGGGUCGUGGACAUUGACGAGUGCAGGGAGAUCCCGGGGGUGUGUGAGAAUGGAGUGUGCAUCAACAUGGUGGGCAGCUUCAGGUGCGAGUGCCCCAUCGGCUUCGUGUACAACGACAAGCUGUUGAUUUGCGAAGAUAUCGACGAGUGCCAGAACGGGCCGGUGUGCCAGCAGAACGCGGCCUGCCUCAACCUGCCGGGAAGCUACCGCUGCGAGUGCAAACCUGGCUAUCGCUCCAGCUCCACCGGACAGUGUCUCGACCGCGACGAAUGCUCGGAGAAUCCUGGCGUGUGCAACCCGGGUCAGUGCAUCGACUCGCUGGGGAGCUACCACUGCAUCUGCCCCAGUGGCUUCAAAACCACGCGGGACAAGUCCAUGUGUGUCGACGUGGACGAGUGCGAGCGGCAGCCCUGCGGCAACGGCACCUGCAAGAACACGGUGGGCUCCUACAACUGCCUCUGCUACCCCGGCUUCCAGAACUCGCACAACGGCGACUGCAUAGAUGUCGAUGAGUGCUCGACGCAGAGGGCCAUGUGUCGAAACGGCCAGUGCGUCAACGCCGUGGGCAGCUUCCUCUGCGUGUGCCACGACGGCUACGAGCUCACUGCAGACGGCAGGAUGUGUGCAGACAUCAAUGAAUGUGCAGUGAACCCAGGCACGUGCGGCGCGGGAACUUGUCUGAAUCUGGACGGCUCUUACAGGUGUAUCUGCCCACCUGGCUACUACCUCCAUGAGGAAACCUGUGAAGACAUCGACGAGUGCUCCCAGGCGCCGGAGAUCUGCACAUUCGGAACCUGCUCCAACACUGAAGGAAGCUUCACCUGCUUGUGCCCCGAAGGCUUCCAGGUCUCUGCCUCCGGACGCAGAUGUUUAGAUGUCCGGAUGAACUACUGCUACACCAAGUUUGAAAAUGGCCGCUGCCUGGCUGCCAAGCCUCAGUUAACUUCUAAGGAGCAAUGCUGCUGUACUGGGAUGCCAGGUCAAGGCUGGGGAGAUCCCUGUGAAAUCUGCCCCACCAAGGGAGAGGAGGGUUAUCCUCUUCUUUGCCCCAACGUGGGGUAUGAACAGGGGCCAGACGACCGCCCGAAAGACAUUGACGAAUGCCUCAAUGACCCUUGCAUCAAUGGCCAGUGCAUCAACAUAGACGGCUCCUUCCGCUGUGAAUGUCCCAUGGGAUACCAUCUGGACGUCAGUAAAGUCCAGUGUGAAGACACCAACGAGUGUGACGUCGGCAAUCCCUGCGGAAACGGCACGUGCAACAACGUCAUUGGCGGCUUCGAGUGUGCGUGCGAGGACGGCUUCGAGCCCGGGCCGAUGAUGACCUGCGAAGACAUCAAUGAGUGCUCCCAGAAUCCUUUUCUGUGCGUCUUCCGAUGCGUCAACGUGGUGGGCUCGUACGAGUGCAAGUGUCCCACGGGCUACGUGCUGCGCGAGGACAAGAGGACGUGUAAAGACCAGAACGAGUGUGAGGACGCUGUAGAUGACUGCGCCAGCAGAGGCAUGACCUGCAAAAACCUGAUUGGCACCUACAUGUGCAUCUGUUCCCCUGGUUACACGCGGCAGCCCGGCGGAGACGGUUGCAUGGAUCUGAAUGAGUGUUCAGCCAAACCGGGUGUGUGUAAGAAUGGCCGCUGUGAGAACACCGUGGGAAGCUUCCGCUGCAGAUGUGACCAAGGGUUCGUCGCCAACCCCACGCAGACGGAAUGUAUCGAUAACCGCGAGGGCUUCUGUUUCACGGAGGUUCUGACCACUCUGUGUCAGAUGACUUCUAGUAACAGGAACCUGGUGACCAAGUCAGAGUGUUGCUGCGAUGGAGGCCGAGGCUGGGGAACCAACUGUGAGCUGUGUCCUCGGCCCGGGACGACUCAGUACAAGAAGAUGUGUCCUCUGGGACCCGGCUUCACCACUGACGGCAGAGACAUCGACGAGUGUCGCGUGAUGGGCAACUUGUGCAAAAACGGCCAGUGUCUCAACACUUUGGGCUCCUACACCUGCAACUGCAGGCCCGGCUACAGCACGGACCUCAGCAGCACACUGUGUGUGGAUGUGGAUGAGUGCAUACAGGCACCGAAGCCUUGUAACUUUAUCUGUAAGAACACAGAGGGAGGCUACCUCUGUUCCUGCCCCCGCGGAUACAUCCUACAGGAAGAUGGAAAGAGCUGCAGAGAUCUGGAUGAGUGUUCGACCAAACAGCACAACUGUCAGUUCUUGUGUGUGAACACCAUCGGCGGGUUCACCUGCAAAUGUCCCCCCGGCUUCACCCAGCAUCAAACGGCCUGCAUCGACAACAAUGAAUGUGCAUCCGACCCCAAUCUGUGCGGCUCCAACGGGGCCUGCCAGAACACUCCGGGAAGCUUCAACUGCGACUGCCAGCGGGGAUUCUCAUUGGAUCCCAACGGACAAGCUUGUGAAGAUAUGGACGAGUGCGACGGCAACCACAGGUGCCAGCAUGGCUGCCAGAACCUGGUGGGUGGAUACAGGUGCAGCUGUCCACAGGGAUACCUACAGCACUACCAGUGGAACCAGUGUGUGGACGAGAACGAGUGUCAGAACAGCCAGAUCUGCGGGGGGGCGUCGUGCCACAACACCCUGGGGAGCUUCCGCUGCCUCUGCCCCACCGGCUUCAACUACGAGCAGACGGGCGGCGGCUGCUCCGACGUCAACGAGUGCUCCACCAGCCACAACCCCUGCAAGUUCGGCUGCUCCAACACGGACGGGGGCUACCUCUGCGGGUGCCCCGCCGGAUACUUCCGCGCGGGACAAGGGCACUGUGUCACGGGUCUGGGCUUCACCGGGGGAGACUCCGACGAGGGGGGCGAGGGGGGCGAGGUGGACGACAACUCGCUGUCCCCCGAGGCCUGCUACGAAUGCAAGAUCAACGGCUAUCCCAAGAAGGGACGCCAGCGGCGCAGCGCCAACGCCACGCAGGGGGAGCCCCCGGGGGGGGACGCGCAGCCGACGGAGAGGGAGGCGCUCAGCCUGGCCAGCGUUGACGUCGAGGACACUCUGCGGUUCCACCUGAACGUCGGCGACCUCGGCGGCCGCGCCCACAUCCUGCAGCUCACCCCGGCCCUCUCGGCCCUGAGCGACCACGUGCGCUACAGCAUCGACCGCGGCAACGAGGCGGGCUACUUCAAGAUCAACCAGCGCGAGGGCGUCAGCUACCUGCACCUGAGCAAGAAGAAGGCCCUCCCCCCGGGGGCGUACUCCCUGCAGAUCAGCAGCGUGCCCCUCUACAGGGAGAAGGAGCUGGCGGCGCUGGAGGACCGGCACGACAAAGACUACCUCGCGGGACAGCUGGGGGACGCGCUGAAGAUGAGGGUGCAGAUCAUCCUCCAUUAACCCCGCCACGAGACUGGGACGUGGCAGACGUCGUUGUCGUCGGCGGCGGCUGCUGAUCCAGCGGCACAAAAAAAAAAAAAAAAAAAAAAAAAGGGCAAACAUCCCUGACUCUGGAUCAGCGGUUGGAGGCAACUUCUACUCGGAGGAGGG